AUGGCAUCAACCAAUAAAGUUAUCAUUAAAAUACAUGAAGUGACGAAAGUCACUCCUUCCUCCGCCUCCGCCGCCGAGUUUUCUCUUCGGCUUACCUUAUACGACACAAUCUGGUUCAAGUUUCCUCCUGUUGAACGCCUUUUCUUUUAUCAAAUUACUGACUUAACCCCUCAUUUCUUCAACUCAGUGAUCCUCCCCAAGCUCAAGCAAUCUCUCUCUCUCACUCUCACCCAUUAUCUUCCUCUCGCUGGUAAUCUCAUCUGGCCCCAUGAUGCCCCAAAACCAUUUAUUUACUACUCCUUAAACGAUGGCGUUUCUGUCACAGUGGCUGAGUCCAGCGCCGACUUCACUCACCUCUCAGGAAAUGGAGUUCGUGACGCUAUUGCGCUUCAUCCUUUAACUCCUGAAUUGGUGACAUCUGAUGAAAAAGCAGCGAUAAUUUCUAUACAAAUAACUAUGUUUCCGAAUCAAGGUUUCUGCAUCGGCAUAUCAUCUCACCAUGCAAUACUUGAUGGCCGAAGUACAACUAUGUUUUUCAAGUCUUGGGCUUAUCUAUGCAAACAAUUAGAUAAACAUCAAGAAGAAGAAGAACCUUCUUUGUUGCCGGAACUAAUCCCUUCUUUUGACCGAACCGUCAUCAAAGAUCCAACCGGGAUCGACAUGGUGUACGUGAACAACUGGUUUAAUUAUGCCGGACCGGAUUCGGAUCCCAAAAAACGGAGCUUGAAGGUUUUGCAAACGGUAGGAGGCAAUCCCAACUGGAAUCGAGCCACGUUUGAGUUCACCCGUGAGGAUAUUAAGAAACUAAGGAACAAAGUAUUGUCUUUGUUGGAAGAAAAUAAAGAGAAGCCAUUAAAACAACUUCAUUUAUCAACCUUUGUGCUUACAUGUGCAUAUGUGUUCGAUUGCCUUGUUAAAUCUCGAGGAGGAGAAGAUAGUAGACGUAUUAUGUUCGGAUUCACGGCAGAUUACAGGAGCCGUUUGGAUCCUCCGGUUCCUUCGAAUUAUGUUGGCAACUGCGUUAUGUCGCAUGCGAUAGUCGCAACAAAAGGAGAUCUCAUGAACGAAAAAGGGGUUGCGUUUGUUGCAGAGAAGUUAAGUGAUUUGAUCAGAGGGAUAGAGAGGGGAGAACAUGAGGGAACAAAAGAGACGCUAGAAAAGUUAAUAGAAUUGGCGAAAUCAGUGGAAGGAGGAAUACUACUUGGAGUGGCCGGGUCGACCCAGUUUGACGUAUACGGAUCGGAUUUCGGGUGGGGGAGACCGAAGAAGGUGGAGAUUGUGUCAAUUGAUAGGAGUGGAGCCAUUGGUUUGGCCAGGAGUAGAGAUGCAAGUGGCGGUGUUGAGAUUGGUGUGGUUUUGGAGAAGCAAGAAAUGGAGGUUUUUUCUUCUCUGUAUGUUGAUGGGCUAAAAAAUCAAUAAGGUUUCUGCAACUUUUACAUUCU